CAGAAUCUUCUAGUGAUAAAAAACAUAAGUAAUAUGAGAAAGGCAUCAUUACACCACUAGGUGGAUUAAAAAACGGGUUUUCAACUUCCUUUGAUGAGUCUGAUGCUUCCUUAACUUCAAUUCAAUGAAUAUGAUGCUUUUGGUAGGAAAUGAAGAAAAAUAAGUUAACUCGGUGAACUCGUCCGAAAUUUAACUCGGAAUUUAUUGUGAUUUCCAAUUGGAUUUCUAAAAAGAUGAAACAAUUUUUUUCGAACAGAAUCAGAAGGUGUAUUUGGAACUUACAAUGAAUUUCAACUCAAAUUCCGGACAACUUAACUGAGUAGUGCUCCCAUGACGACUGACGGCUUCUAUUGGCAGGCUUUUGGUGUGGUUUUGCUGUGUGCCCGGCUGCGACUAUUCUUCGGCAACCGUUGCGCCUUGCUUCGACAACCGUUGCUCAGGAAACAAUGAGAAAAAAGUGGAAUGUUCAUCUUUUAUACCGAUACAGCUGUACAGCAGAACAUAUUUUGUUCUCUUCCUCAGAACGCGUUCUAAUUGGCUGAUGUUGGCAUGGGUCAAAUCAGACAGGUUUUUCAAUAGUGUACUUCAACUUUUGUUGUGACUAACUACGCAACUUCAAGAAUUCUUCCAAGCCGCCAGCCGAAGUUGAAGCACAGGUCGCUAAUAUACCAGUUUGUUUUUUUUUUUGCACAGUGCAUCUAAACUCUUGAACAAUUCUAAAAAUAUCGAAUUGACCAACAAACUGACUUGACGAGAAAGGUUUAUUGCAGUCCUAUCCCAUCGAUCACCGGUGUAACUUGUAUUCAUUAACACACCCUAUUAUAGCACAAUCACUUGUUGAUAAUCACUGGCAAUAUUUAUACUUGCCUGUUGUUUACAUGAAGAAAAAACGAAAAAACUAACUUUCCAUUCAUUCGAAGAAAGAAAUACUUUGAUAUCAAUAUGAUGAUGUCUGACGUAGCAAAAUCACGCGAGAUCAACAGUUGCUAUUAUUUGCUCCAGACAGCCAGGCAGCACAAAGUAAAUUGAACCUAGGAACUUUUAACCUUUAAACUCGAAGAUUAAAUGCGAAUGGAGGCGACGUAGCCAAACAGAGAUCGUUUGUUAACUCCCUCACCUCACUAUGAUUGGAUACAUCGGAUCCAGCUAAAAAAAACAAAAUCAAAAUCUUCUCUUGUGUCGACAAAAAGAACGAACGCAAAUGCAUAAUAUUUUCGUAGAAUAAUACUAGAACACCUCAACUGAGCGUCGUACAUGUUCACAAUCAAGGUUAAAUAGAUAGCUGUAUCUCGAUGCAAAACUUUUAAUGUGUAACGUGCCAGGAAUAGUUAAUAAAUUUUUAUUUUUAGUCUUUUCCUCGUCUACAGAUGAAUUCUGUUGUUAUUUCUAUGGGAUCGUCAGCGUUCGGUGGAUGCAAACGUGAUACAAACUGUUUUCAAUUCUAAUCGUUUUGUGUGUUUCACUAGAAGGGAAGACACUCGAAGAUGCAAUGUGUUCGUGUGUUUUCAGAGCAAUCUCCAGAUGUUGUUUCAAGUGGUACUAUAAUUGAUGUGAUUGAGCAAUAACUCGAUGUUGUUUAAUUAUUAUUUGUUGAAGUUUCUAAGAGGUUGCAAAUCAGCCGAAGCAAGAGGCACAAAGAAAUAAGUCAAGUAAUAAAUAUUAAUAGCAUUAACUGCUCAUACAAGGCACGGGUGUGCCCAAUCAUUUGGACCACAGACAUAACGCCAGACGGCGAAGGUGUGAGCGAUUUGAACCGGACUGGCCCGACUACGACAAUAUGGAGGCGAAACCGGUGCAGGUGAUCGAAACGCAAGAUGAUCACUCAUUUGUGCUGAACGAGGAUGCACUAAACGAGAUUCUACUGCAGGAAAAUGUGCGCGACCGGACGGUGGUCGUUGUGUCGGUGGCCGGCGCUUUCAGGAAAGGAAAAAGCUUUCUGUUGGAUUUUUUCCUGCGUUACAUGUACUCAAAGUACGUUCAUCAUCAAAGCGCUUCAGAAUGGCUUGGUGACGAUAACGAACCGUUGACCGGAUUCUCAUGGAGGGGUGGCAGCGAACGUGACACAACUGGUAUUCUAAUGUGGUCAGACAUCUUUCUUCACGACAAACCUAAUGGCGAAAAGUUGGCGAUCAUUUUGAUGGACACUCAAGGAGCCUUCGAUAGUCAAAGUACCGUACGGGAUUGUGCUACAGUGUUCGCCUUGAGUACGAUGCUCUCUUCUGUGCAGAUUUACAAUCUGUCCCAGAAUAUACAGGAAGAUGAUUUACAACAUCUGCAGCUGUUUACUGAAUAUGGACGGCUUGCGCUGGCCGACAGUGGCAAGAAACCUUUCCAGCGGUUGCAGUUUUUGGUGCGUGACUGGAGCUUCCCAUACGAAGCCGAGUAUGGUGCCUUAGGGGGAGAUCUCAUCCUGAAGCGUCGUCUGGAGGUACAGGAUAAGCAGCAUCCAGAGCUACAGUCGCUUCGAAGGCACAUAACUUCCUGUUUUACGGAAAUUGCUUGCUUCCUUAUGCCACAUCCCGGUCUUACCGUUGCCACCCACCAAACGUUCGAUGGUCGAUUGGCGGACAUAACGUCCGAGUUCAAGAAUAGUUUGAAAGAGCUCGUACCGAUGCUGUUGGCUCCACAGAACAUCAUUGCUAAGCAGAUAAAUGGGCAAAAGGUGAAAGCGCGCGAUCUAGUACAGUACUUCAAGUCGUACAUGGCAAUUUACAAAGGCAAUGAGCUACCCGAACCGAAGAGCAUGCUGGUGGCUACAGCCGAAGCCAAUAAUCUAACAGCGGUGGCCGCUGCUAAAGAGGUAUACUCACAGUUGAUGGAAGAUGUUUGUGGUGGUUCAAAACCAUACCUAAGCUCGGCACAUUUAGACUCGGAACACAACAGAAUAAAGGAGAAAGCAUUGCAUCAGUUUUCCUCCAAACGUAAAAUGGGUGGCGAAGAGUUUUCCGAAAAGUACCGUGAAAAGCUAGAACAGGACCUGGAGGAAUCGUUUGUAAGCUUCCGAGCGCAUAACGAAAGUAAGAACAUUUUCAAGGCAGCGCGGACGCCGGCCGUCUACUUUGCGAUUGCCGUGGUGAUGUACAUAUUUAGUGGAAUCUUUGGACUGGUCGGCUUGUACACCUUUGCCAACUUUGCCAAUUUGAUCAUGGGAAUCGCACUGCUGACGCUGGCUACCUGGGCGUACAUUAGGUACAGCGGAGAGCUAAGUGACUUCGGUGUGCGAUUAGAUGAAAUUGCGAACCUGCUGUGGGAAAAUAUCAUGAAACCAGUUUACCAGUCCUGCAUGGAGAAAGGCAUUCAACACGUGGCAAGCCAUGCAACCGAAUAUGCCAUUGGAGGCAAUGCUCCCACAGCCCGAUCUCCGGGGGCACGUCAGGUAAAUGGAAAGGUCAAACAUUCUUGAGAGUACGCAACUGGUGGCCGAACCGACCAACCCAACGGGUGGUGGUCGCGGUAUUUCGUCAGCAGAACAGCGGCUGCACCAUCGACCGCUGGCAGAUUCAGCUGGUGGGCAUCGUCCUCAACAACAGCGAAUGCCGUCGGAAGGGGAAACAACAAUCACGCCCAUAGUAACGGUAAUCAUAAUAGGUUUAGUAUUCUUAUCGAUAACGUUAGAGAUAGUGCUAACAUUAUUAGCGUUAAACGAAAUAACGACACCGACUACAAUAAUGGUAGAACAAACCGGCUGACAAAGGCAAGCACAAGCGCAGCCCUGAGUUCCGACGGGGGUGGUAAGGGGACUCGAAGGAGAGCGAAAAUUGGUACCUAGACAGCGCUUCAGGACGUCUGCCACCCAAACACGCACGGUAGCUACUGUUUCAAAUUGAGAUCCAUUUAUGUUGCAUUUUUGUUUAAAAUAUCUGUCAAAUCUCUGGCUUACUUUCGUCAUGUUAUGAAGAAUGUUUUAAUAUUUUCGAUACCAUUUUGUCUCGUAUGAUGUUCACUCUCUGUGUGUUGAAAGGUUCAUAAAAUGAUGGGAAAGUUCACUAACUUUGUGCCCAGAGAGCAAUACAGGAUGUUACAUUUUUUUUAACUAUUAGGUGUUUUGGGCUGUUUAAACUGAAACUGGGAUCGAGAUUAGAAUAGUUUAUAUAUAUAUCAGAAAGAGAUAUGUGCCAAAUCAAUUCUACAGCAUGAAAUAAAACAAUUUAGUUGUGGCAUAUUUUUUUUGUUUUAGUGUAAAAACAAGUUAUCAAAAGACUACUGGAACCACGCUGCUUCUUGCCAAUACAAAAUGUUACAGUAAAAACUAAAUCAUUAUCCAAUAAACAUAGAACUUUCAUACAGAAUGACGCACGUUUACAAUUCUCAAUGAUUUCAAUACGUACGCAAACAACGAUAGCAAUACGUGCGCAAACACAUGCGAAUACUUAGUAAUACUGUAAAUAACAACUUUAAAAUGACAUACGGCCGAUGUGGACACUUGGCUCAGUUCUAGCGAUUUUAGGGCGAUUUAGGCUUCUGGGGAGAAAAGGCACACAAGGUAGAAAUGAGGGGAUAUUUUGUAAAGAUCACCAUUUGGAAGGGUGAAAUGCAAUAUAUUUAUUAAUAACUUUAGUAUAACUAAAUGGUUAUUUAUAGAAAAUCACUACUACCGGCGAAUGGCGUUCAGUCACUAUCUGCCGUCUGGUAAAUCAUUGUUCAAGUUUCUAGAAACCUUUCCAGCAGCUGACCUUUUGUUGAACCGUACUAACCUGUCUAAAAACAUACAAAAAUGUGACGCCCAGAAUGUGUGUGUGCAUUUUGCUCAAUAGAUGUGAUUGAUACAUUUCUGUUCCGUGUUUUAAAUUUCAUUUAUACUACCGAUCGACAUACAACUAGGUAAGGCUAAAUUUAGCAAGAUGUAAACUUGUGUGUUGUUGAAUUUCAAAAGAAGAGAUAACAACAAGCGUCAACAACUAAAUUAAAAAAAAAAGCACAGAAAAUAUAGCGCAGCCCGCGAAAAUGUCUGCCGUAGCAGAGAGUGUAAAAUGACGAAAAAAAUGGUUGACAAGUGAAUUAUUUUUAUAUUAAAGUUACAAAAAAUAA